AUGGAUACAAUCAACGUCUUGAUCUCUUCUUUUGCAGGCUUGUCGCUGCCUCGCACGCUCUCACUCCCCGUGCCCGCCGACACAUCCAUCGCAUCCUUCACAUCGCUCCUGUCAACCCAUCUACCACCUUAUGCCGACGACCUUCUCCUCUCAACCACAACUCGUCGCGUCGACACCUCCUCAACUUCGUCACUCAAGACCCUUCUCUCCGACAGCGACGAUGCAUCUUUCCUCCCACUCAAUCUGAGCGCGCGCCUGCUCGGUGGAAAGGGAGGUUUCGGAUCCCAACUUCGCGCGGCAGGUGGCCGCAUGUCCUCACGCAAAAACCGUAACCGCAACCCCGAUCAAAUAAACGGUAGCAACCGCAACCUGGACGGCCGCCGUCUCCGCACAAUCACAGAAGCCAAGAACCUUGCCGAAUACCUCGCGCUAAAACCGGAGAUGGACAAGAAGGAAAGAGAAGAGAGACGCAAACGCUGGGAAGCUGUUGUUGAGGCUGCAGAGAGGAAAGAGGAGGAGUUGAAGAAGGGCAACAAGAAUGCGAGAUUGGACGGAGAGUGGGUUGAGGCGAAGGAGGAAGCUGAACAAAAGACAAGAGAUGCGGUUAUGGCAGCCAUGAAGGCUGGUCUCAUUGAAGGAGAUGCUCCCAUGCUCGAGAGGACUGGCAGCGAGAGUUCAGCUGCUGAGGCUGAAGGCAGUGACGCUCAACCCGAGGCCUCUAGCUCUGCAUCCAGCGAUAACGAUGAUGCACAAGUGACUACGUCUGUCCCUGCUGCCACACGCACCUUCUUCGGUUGGGAUGAUGAAGAUGACGAGUUCAUGAGCGACGAUGAGGAAGAGGAAGAAGCCAGUGCCGAACUCGAAGCUGCACCAAUCUACGAAGGAAAAGGCAAGGGCAAAGCAUGA